AUGCUUCUCAAGCUCCAGCCCGCUAUCUUGCUCUCUCUCCUCGCCCGCGAGGCCACCACCCUCUCUCUCGGGAAAUUCAUGGUUUCUCAUUCCACCUCCUUCCUGACCGACCACGCACGGCUAGACCCCUUCUCGCCCACCCCCCAGCCCCGCUCCGUCGCCAUCUCCACCUUCACCCCUGUGUCGAACAAUUGCACCACCUUCACAGAAAUACCCUACAUGCCGCCCGCCACCGCCGCGUUUGAAAGCUCCAAGCUCACCACCGCGUACGGCCUGCCGCCCAAUCUCUUUGCAAACCUCAGCUAUGCCGUCGCCUCUGCCGCCUGCACCACCGACGACCACACCACCAACGGGCACAUCCUCUUCUCGCCCGCCCUCGGCACGACGCGUCACUUCUACAACCUCGUGGCCGCCACGCUCGCCAGCACGACGGGUGCCGCCGUCACGACCAUCGACCACCCCUUCGACGCCGACGUCGUCGAGCGCCCCAACGGCACCCUCAUCCACGGCAUCGACAUCCCCGACGCCAGCAUCCCGCUCGCCCUGGCCACGCGCGCCGACGACAUGCGCUACGUCUUGUCCGCGCUGUCCCCGCCCGCGGCGAGCUGCAGGGCGACGGAGAGACUGAGACGCCCCCUUGCCGUCGGGCACUCCCUCGGCGGCGCGGCCGCCCUGCUCGCCGGCGCGCGGUUCGCCGGCGCCGUCAACAUCGACGGGUCUGUCGUCGUGGGGAAUGCGUCCGCGUUCCCGGUGGUGGAGCGGCCGGUGCUGUUUGUCGCCCAUGAAGGGAAGAACCUGUCGACGGACGCGACGUGGGAGGGCGUGUGGCCGAGGCUGCAGGGAUGGAAGGGCCUGUUGGAGUUGGAGGGGUCGCAGCACUAUACGUUUUCGGACUUGCCGGUGCUGGUGGAGGGGAUGGGGCUGAGUGAAACAGAGCUGGAGGGAGUGCUUGGGACGAUUGCGGGUGGGGUGGCGGUGGAGAGUUUCGUUGGUGUAGUGAAGGCGUUUUGGGAGAUGGUGAGGGGGAAGUUAGAUGGGGAGGGCUUUAAGGAGGCUGUGGAGGAGUACAGUGCGAUCGAGAAGAUAUUGUAG